AGCUAUAAAGGCACAAAAUACUUUUGUGAUUAGAGGUUUGGCAUAUAUUUAAUCAAGUGAUUUUUCAAUUUAAUUAGAAAAUGUCUGAUGUUCAAGAAGGUUUUUUAUGUCCAAUUUGUCGCAAAGAUAUGAGAUCCCCGAAUAAUUUGAUUGUUCACUUCCAAGAAAUGCAUUCAGAAGAAAAGGAAUUUUUGAAAUCAAUUAAAGACAUUUAUGGAGGAUUUUUAAAAAUUCUUAAAAUUGAAGAUGAAGAUUUAGAAUCUUUCAAAAAAGAAAUUGUCCUUGAAAAGUGUUAUAUUGAGAUAAGUGAUCCUCAAGAUCCAGGAAUUUCCAAAUCUCAUACAGAUUACUUUAGAGCAAUUCGAAGGAAUAGGUUAGAUCACAGAACUGCUGAAACAAACAAGCUAAUAAUACGCUUGGAUAAACUUUUACGAACAUUUGGUACUGAUCGUAAACAACAGGAGCAGGAACUAGUUGUAUGGUUGGAUGGGUCUACGGUAUCUAGAUGUCCAUCUUGUGCUGUUAGUUUUAAUAUUGCACGGCGGCAACAUCAUUGUAGAUUAUGUGGCAGUAUUAUGUGUGGAUCAUGUUCUCAUUUUCUAUCUUAUGAAACUGCUCAGACUAUCAUCGCUCCAGUAUAUAACAUUAUUGAAAAGGACCAUGGAAAUGAAUUAAACAGUAUCCGAAUCUGUAAAUAUUGUUUGGAUAUGUUAGAGAGUAGGAGAAAAGUACAGGUAGAACAAAUGAUGCAACCAAUUAUUUGUCAACUUUAUUCCUUACUACAGAAGAACAAAACACAAAUUCAAUCUUCUGUUGAUUUAUAUAACAAAAUGUACGACUCUUUAAUGUCUGGUGAAACAACAUUUUUUCUACCAGAUCUCCAAGCUCUUCGGUCCUCCAUUGCUGAAAAGGGUCAAAUGAUAGAUACGCUGAGUAAGAAAAUUGCUUCACUCUCUGUUGAUUCAGAUACACCCAAGGCAGCUCCUCUUCAAAACAAUAUAAGAAAAGCCACUUCUGUUUAUAUAAAAGAAUAUUUACUAGCUCUUCCUCCACCACCCACUGCUGAAGAACUUGAGAGAAUAAGAGAAAGGUGUUCAAAAAUGUUCAAAGAUGACUCACUACCUGAGCCUAGCAACUCAAAGCUUCAAAAAGUAGCUGUAACUACAGGCUGGUCCCCAGCACAUGUUCCAAAUGAAUUUAAGGUUGAUCAAGAAGAAAAUCCUCUAAUAGAACAAAUGAACAUUGUAAGAAAUUAUAUUGCACAAGCCAGGGCAGCACAAAGAUUUGAAGAAGUGGUUUCCUUGGAAGCUAAUUUAAAAAUGCUGAAAGAAACUUACAGCAAGGAGUUAAAAAAAGGGAGUUGAAUGUUUACAGAAAGAAAAUACUAUCUGGUAUAGUAUUUUUUUGUGACAAUUUAAGGUGUGUAAAUAAAGACCUGUGGAGAGUUACAUUCUUAAGAAAUUUGAAAAAAUGUAUUUCAAACAUCAUCAUUUAGAUCAAAAUAUUGCAUAUUAUUCUUAGUGUAACUGUUUUGAUUAUUGUUAUUAUAUUUCGAUUGUGCUUCCCUGUAGGAAUAAUUUUAAAAAUAAGACAGUGUUGUUGUUUUUUAUUUAAAAAAAAAUGCAUCUGCGAGUGUUUUAUUUACACACUUUACAUUACUUGGGUUCUUGCAAAAUAAUACUGGAUCCCAGCGAUAACAGACCAAAGAUGCAAAUCAGGGUUGACUUAAAAAUUGUGUAGGCUGUUAAAAAAAUACUUAAGAAUUAACCUGCAGUCUAGAUUAUCAUUUUCUGCAGUUAUCCCUUCCACAAAUUUUUAUUGUUCCAACUGACCAUUUAUUGACCCUCUCUGUCUCUCUUAAUGUGACUUGUCUUCGUUAAGUUCAAAUUAAAAUAAUUAAGUACUAUGUAUAUAGUAUAGUAUAGUUGCUAAAUGUUUAAUAAAUAAAAGAAUACUUUGUCCAUUGUUGCUACCUUUUAAUAAAAAAAUAAAAUUUUUCUUUUGGCCUUUUAAAAAAGAAAAAUUAAAAAUUUUUGAUAUUUCAACUGUCCUAUGUGUUACUGGUAUAUUAUGUACAUGUAUAAG